AUGGGAGACGUCGUAAAAUAUACGGUCGGCUGGAUAUGCGCCCUGCCUACUGAGUUCAACGCGGCGAAAGCUUUCUUCGACGAGAAGCACCAAGACUGCCCUCCUGUCGCACAUCACGACAAGAACAGCUAUGCGCUGGGCAGGAUCGGUAAUCAUAACGUCGUGGUCGCCGUCUUGCCUGACGGGGAGUAUGGUACAACUUCGGCUGCUGUAGUGGCCCAAGGCAUGCUGCACAGCUUCCCAAAUGUUCGCAUUGGGCUCAUGGUUGGCAUCGGCGGCGGCGCGCCCAGCCAGAAACACGAUGUCUGGCUUGGCGAUGUUGUUGUUAGUAGCCGUGACAGAGGGAAGGGCGGCGUCUUCCAGUACGAUUAUGGCAAAUUGGUUCAAAACCAGGACAUCUCCUUUGAGUACACGGAUUUCUUAGACCAACCGCCGAUGGCGCUGCGAACAGCUGUGAACGCUCUGAAGGGCCAAUACGAGAUGGAGGGACAUCAGCUUAAUGAGCACAUUGAAAAAGCAUUAGCAAGGUGGCCUCGCCUGCGAAAGAAAUACGCGCGGCCCCCUCCGCACAGCGACAGGCUCUAUCAAUCCGAUGUCCUUCAUCCCAAUCCAGCGGACGAAUGCGAUAGCGCGUGCGGCGAUAGUCCAACCCACCUCGUAUAUCGGACUGAACGAGACGACCUUAACGAUAAUCCCGCCAUCCACUAUGGGUUGAUUGCUAGUUCGAAUCAACUGAUGAAAAAUGCCAGAAUUAGGGAUACCAUGGCAAAAGAGAAGGGCGUCGUGUGUUUUGAGAUGGAGGCGGCUGGUCUGAUGAACCAUUUCCCAUGCCUGGUGGUCCGUGGGAUCUGUGACUAUUCCGACUCGCACAAGAACAAGGAAUGGCAAGGGUUUGCGGCGAUGACGGCGGCUGCUUAUGCGACGGACCUUUUGCGUCAAAUUCCGCUGAACAAGGUCGAGGCCGAGACACCAAUCGGGGAGAAAGAUCUCAGGUCUGUAUAUGACGUUGUGACUGGAACAAACACCGCUGUGACAGCCUUCAGAGACGAUCAACAUGUUCAGAAGCUUUAUAGCUGGCUAUCAUCUGCAGACCCGUCGACCAACGUCACGAGAGCGAGAGAACGCCGUCACGCUGGCACUGGAAGUUGGCUGCUGGAAAGUGCCGCCUAUUGUGAGUGGGUGGCUGGGAAACGCCAAUAUUUAUGGCUCUAUGGUCUUGCGGGAUGUGGCAAGACAGUCCUGAGCACUACAGUUCUUGAUCAUCUUGAGGAAACAGGCGCGUACCUCACGUUAAAAUUCUUUUUCGAUUUCAACGACACGAGGAAGCAAACGCUGGAGGACUUGUUACGCUCAUUAGCGUUCCAGUUGUAUCACCCGGAAACAGAGGCCACGAAAAUACUUGACAGACUGUUCACCUCUAGCGAUGACGGCCGCCGACAGCCAGAGGUCAACGCUCUUUCGGCCUGUGUUGAGUCGAUGCUGCAAAGCUCCCCUAAAGUCGCCGUCGUCCUCGAUGCUCUAGAUGAAUGCACGACAAGAGAUAAGCUUCUUUCUUGGGUUAGACGACUUUCUAGCAGCUCGAAUACGAAGAAGACCAAGCUUAUUGUGACUGGGCGGCCCGAAGCAGAGUUUCAACGCGAAAUUCCUCGGCUAUUCGGCGAAAAUAACUGCAAGCUGCUCAGCAAGGAGGCUGUCAACGCCGACAUACGCUCCUAUGUCGACCACGAGCUUCAUCAGCGGCCUGACUUCAAGGAGAAGAAAAUACCUCACGAUCUUUUAGAUCAAAUACGCAGCCAGGUUGGAGACGGAGCGGAUGGGAUGUUUCGAUGGGCGGCGUGUCAGUUAGACAGCCUUGCCAAAUGUCUCCAUCCUCAUGCCAUCAGAAAAGCUUUACGCAAUUUGCCCCGGGAUCUCAACGAAACGUACCAGCGCAUGCUUUUGAGUAUAUCGCCCGAGCUCAAAGACGAUGCGUUCCGUCUACUACAGUUUCUCGUCCAUGCCAAACGACCUUUGACAGUAUCGGAAGCUGUUGACGUGAUUGCCACGCUGAUGAAGAAAGGCCAACGAGAGUUUAACACCGAACGCAGACUGCUUCGUGACGACGACAUACUGUGUUACUGUCCCAGUUUGGUAUUAAUCGCUGAGGUCAAGCGAGACGAGGCAACAGUAAGAGAAGUACAGCUUGCCCACUUUUCAGUCAAGGAAUACCUGGUGGACCGAAGCCAGUUCAACCUUGAGAUGGCCAGUAGCGCAAUCGCGAGGACCUGCCUCACCUAUAUUAAAAGCAUUGACUGUAGAUUCCAGACCAUGAAAUCGACCUUCCCUCUGGCACGGUAUGCUGCGGAGGUUAUACUGGUACAUGCCCAGUUGGCAGAAUCGUCCCAUGAGACUUUUGAUGAUAUAAUAACUUUUUUCCAAGAAGAGACUACUUUUAGAAGAUGGGGCUACCUCUAUCAGCCUGAUAGGCCUUGGCAGAAUGAGCCUGGGUUCCCCGAAGCAGGAUGUCUGUAUUAUACCUGUCUCGGUGGACUCUUAAGGGUAUCCAGAUACCUCAUUGACAAAGGCGCAGACGUCAACGCACAGGGCGGCAGGUACGGCAACGCUCUCCAGGCUGCCUCUGAAGGAGGCCAUCGAGAGAUUGUACAGCUUCUCCUCGAGAAAGGCGCAGACGUCAACGCACGGGGCGGC